AUGCUUCAUGAAGCGGAUAUAGCAGCUGUUAGGCGAGCUUUAGAAAAAGCCGAAGCACCAUUUGAAAAUUCAUUGCUUCUACAGGACUCCAUUGAUUUUGGAGAAAAGUUCAAUGAAUUACUUGCAAAAAGAUCUGUUUCUGCCAACAAAGCCAAAGAAGUCAAACAGCGAUGCACGAACUUUCUUGUGCGCUUAGUGAAGGAAUUAGUUGACAGGUUACCAGUCAAUGUGUCGGUGGUAGAAAAAAUUGAUGUUUUGUCACCCAACCGCUGCCUCUCAACCAGCAACAAACCUAACAUUGAUGAUUUUUCCUGGCAGUUCGGAGAACCUAAUAUUGACAAGGAAUCUACAAUUAACCAAUUUCGCACUUUAAGUACGAUGCGAAUAAAGGAAAUAAUUGGCACUGCUUCUCCUAAUGAUAUUGUAAAUUUCUGGGUACAGGUAUCGAAAAUGCAGAAUGCUGGAGGCGAUCCCAUAUUCAAAGAUUUGGCGGAGUUUUCCUUGCGCUGUCUUUCAUUACCUUUAAGUAAUGCAGUCGUUGAAAGAAUUUUCAGUGUGAUGGGAAGGAAAAUGUACGAUUCAAGUAGAGGUUGCGCCAGCACUAGCACAGCAUCCACAGUAAAUGUUGACGACGGCGAAGUUAUUCUAGAUGCUUUGCUAUUGCUCGCAGCAGAUGAAGCAGAAUCGGAGUGUAUAUAA